UUAAAACAGGAUAAAUAUUCAGGCUUCUUUAGGAUCCUGAAUACAAACCAACCAGUAAAUUAUGGGAUCUACCCAGAAGAGCACAGUCUUUCAAGUGGUCAAGACCAAAAAAAAUGGGUCUAAGGUAGCAGUUUCAGCACAGAGAGGGGCUGAGGUGACUAGCACAAACCCACAGCGGGGACAUGGGUAUAUUCUUACCUCAAGCCAGCGAAGUGCUGCAGUUUCCCUGAGCCCUUCCCAGCGAAGACCGGAAGCUCCAAAUAUCACCACUCCCCAUUCAACAUCAGACCACACUCGCUCUGUCUCCCCCCAGCCAGGGUCUAGCCUCUCUGCAGCACUCCCAACUCGGGGAGCCGAGUCCCGAUCAAGAACAGAAGCAUCUCGCCAUUCCUCUCCUCACCGAAAGGGCCAGCAAACUCAGACACCGGCUGUGCAUGCUUACCGGAAUACUAGUCAAUUCAGAGAGGAGGUAACACGGAGAGGUGGUGAGAGCAGGCCAGCACGUGAUGUCAGCCAUCAUGCCUCAUCAACUCCAGAUGCCAAAUCCUCUCGCCGGUUAAGUUUUGUAGACCAGAAGGAUAACUUACAAUCACAAAUCUUACAAGAGGAGGACCCCCCUUCCAAGGUCCAGAACCCUCAGGGGGUUAGAGUUCCCCGUAGGAUUUCGACUCACCCAAAAGAUGAAGCAGUACAAACUGAGCCCAUCCGAAGGACUAUUGGUGAGAGCAAGUCUCUAAGGAAUCCCUCUCGCCCAGAGCAUGGCAGCAGCCGUAUCUCUGCAGACCAUCGAACAGUCCUGAAAAGGAUCCCCGGCCAAGAGCCAGAAAUAGGUCUUCACAGCUCAAUACCUUCAGAACACAAAUCUCUACAGAGGAAUGUGAACUUGGAAUCAUCCUUCAAACUCUCUGUCCUUAGAGAUCUGGAGGGUUUACAACGAGUUUCUGCAAGUUCAGAACCUGAGUCUCUCCACAAGCAUUCUGCCUAUACCGAAGCCAAGGCUGUCCCAAAGAUCUUAAUAUCGUCAGAGGUGGAGUCCAACGUGAGGUCUCCAAUCCGAGGAGAUGGCGAGGUCAGCCGCAGGGUCACCAUCUCCCCAGGGAGACAUUCAGUACAGUCAGCUGCCCGUGCAACAGUUCGAACAGUGACAGAGAGCCCCCACAAAUCCAUGUUUGUUACUUCGGAGCCCAUGUAUAAACAACAAGUCCAAAAACCCUUAGAAUCUAUCUACAUACCCCAAGGACAUGCAAGCAGGUAUCCAGAGCCCUCCCGAAAGCCCUCCAUCCAUGCAGAACUGGAACUGACCCCUCGGCCCUUACCCCCUCGGUCUUUACCUAGGUAUGGGCCUGGUUCCUCUUGGUGGGCCUUACUGAAUCCUGAAAUUGAAAUGCCCCAAAGCCGGCCAACAACACCUGAUUUCGAGCCUGAGUCUCCUCCUCCCCUAGACCCUUUAUCAUCCCUUUUUGAAGUGGACUCAAGCCCUUUCUGUAAGGAUCUGAUGUUCCAGAGAGAGAAGGCAAGCCCAUCACCACCGGCAACACCAAAGGAGUCUCUAAGCCAGGCACUAUUGAGGGAAGUGCCGCAGGCCUCCAAGCACACCUGCAAACAACCCAUUCAAAGGUUUAGUGCUUUCUUCUUGGAUGUCUCUGAGGAAAUGCAAAAUCGUGUCAUCUGGUGGCUAAAAGAUGAGGAGAUCAAACGUUUCCUGGAGGACACCACGGAUGAUGCAGAACUGAGCAAGUUCGUGAAGGAUUUCCCGGGAAGCGAGAGCUGCCACCCACCAGAGGCUAAGACCUGGGUGCCCAGGCCCCAGGCCCCGGACGUCUGUGAUGAUGACCUGGAAUUCAGACCCCCCUCGUGGCCCCAGUCCUCUGACAGCCAGCAGUACUUCUGUGCCCCGGCCCCUCUCAGCCCCUCCGCCCGGCCCCGCAGCCCAUGGGGCAAGCUCGACCCUUAUGAUUCCUCUGAGGAUGACAAGGAGUAUGUGGGCUUUGCCACGCUCCCCAACCAAGUCCACCGCAAGUCUGUGAAGAAAGGCUUUGACUUUACCCUCAUGGUGGCAGGAGAGUCUGGCCUGGGUAAAUCCACGCUUGUCAAUAGCCUGUUCCUCACUGAUCUAUACCGGGACCGGAAACUCCUCAGCGCUGAAGAGAGGAUCAUGCAAACCGUGGAGAUCACUAAGCACGCAGUGGACAUAGAAGAGAAGGGUGUGAGACUGCGGCUCACCAUUGUGGACACACCAGGUUUUGGGGAUGCAGUCAACAACACAGAGUGCUGGAAGCCUGUGGCAGAAUAUAUCGACCAGCAGUUUGAGCAGUAUUUCCGAGACGAGAGUGGCCUGAACCGCAAGAACAUCCAAGACAACAGGGUGCACUGCUGCCUGUACUUCAUCUCACCCUUCGGCCACGGGCUCCGGCCAUUGGAUGUUGAAUUCAUGAAGGCCCUGCAUCAGCGGGUCAACAUCGUGCCUAUCUUGGCCAAGGCAGACACGCUGACACCUCCUGAAGUGGAUCGCAAGAAACGCAAAAUCCGAGAGGAGAUUGAGCGCUUUGGAAUCAAAAUCUAUCAGUUCCCAGACUGUGACUCUGAUGAGGAUGAGGACUUCAAAUUACAGGACCAAGCUCUAAAGGAAAGCAUCCCAUUUGCAGUAAUUGGCAGCAACACUGUGGUAGAAGCGAGAGGGCGGCGUGUUCGAGGCCGCCUCUAUCCCUGGGGAAUUGUGGAAGUGGAAAACCCAGGGCACUGCGACUUUGUGAAGCUGAGGACAAUGCUGGUGCGUACCCACAUGCAGGACCUGAAGGAUGUGACACGGGAGACACACUAUGAGAACUACCGGGCACAGUGCAUCCAGAGCAUGACCCGCCUGGUGGUGAAGGAGCGGAAUCGCAACAAACUGACUCGAGAGAGUGGUACCGACUUUCCCAUCCCUGCUGUCCCACCAGGGACAGAUCCAGAAACUGAGAAGCUGAUCCGAGAGAAAGAUGAGGAGCUGCGGCGGAUGCAGGAGAUGCUACACAAAAUCCAAAGACAGAUGAAGGAGACCCAUUAACUGGCUUUCAGCCCUGGAUAUUUAAAUCUCUUCCUGCCCAUGCCGGCCUCUUCCAGCACCACCUCUGCUCAGGCCCCUGCAGCUACUGCCACUUCGCCUUACAUCCCUGCUGCCUCCCCAGAGACUCAGAGGAAAUAAAGUUUAAUAAAUCUA